CCGCGGGGUGCGCGCGGGGCGGGGGGGGCAGGAAGGGGAGGGCGGGAAGGGGUGGGGUGCCCGGUGAGCCCAGCCCAGGCUCCUCCCGCCUCCCCCUCCCCUCCCCGCCCGCUACUAAGGCGCGCAGCCCGCGGCACUGCUCACUCGCUUGCGCCCCAGCUCUUCGCCUACCGCUCCCCACGCCACCCGCCCAGCUGCCAUCCCACCAAGAUGCCGUCUCAGAUGGAGCAUGCCAUGGAAACUUUGAUGUUCACCUUUCACAAGUUUGCUGGGGACAAGGGCUACUUGACGAAGGAGGACCUGCGAGUGCUCAUGGAAAAGGAAUUCCCAGGCUUUUUGGAAAAUCAAAAAGACCCUCUGGCUGUAGACAAAAUCAUGAAGGACCUGGACCAGUGCCGAGACGGCCGUGUGGGCUUCCAGAGCUUCUUCUCACUGAUCGCGGGGCUCACCAUUGCCUGCAAUGACUACUUCGUGGUGCACAUGAAGCAGAAGGGCAAGAAGUAGGCAGUGCUCAGCCAUGGCUUCCGCUGAGGCAGGCUUUCCUCCAAGAGGUCCCCAGCUUCCUCCAUCCCCCUGUGUAAAGAUGUCAUAAGAAGUGGGGACCCUUAGAAAAUGUACAAAUUCUAACCCCCAGCCCCCACCCCUCAUUUGUCCUGAGGAGAAAGAAAAGGGCAGACCUUGGAUUUUUGUAUUGCUUGCCCCCCUCUUGCCCUCAAUAAACAAAUUCCUUUUUUA